AUGGAGCGACUUUGGACGUUUCUACCCCGUAACCGUCGCUUGCAUUCAAAUAAUCCAGAUUGUGGUGCUGAGUUGAACUUGUUGUGUGUUUCACAGCGAGGUCCUCAAGCCUCGUCUUCCUGGGAAUGGCUAGGUCAUGUGGGUGAGGACAGAGGUGCUUCAUAG